CCAUGGUCGACUCCAGAAAUUAAUCUCCAAAUACGCAUUGUUGUCCAUUUAUCGGUGCCAGUAACCCUGAAAUCUGUCUAAUACGAUUCUGGUCUACUUUUCGUCCUGUCGCCAUCAGCGUACCUUAAACGAAAAGUUAUCCGCAAAACCGAUUCCCUCUGCACGAUAUCCACGUGCGAGCCACGAUCACGAUAGAUAACAGAUAUGGCGCCGAAUAAGCCUUCAGUCAAAGGCAAGUCAUCCUCCAAGGGCGACUCAGGAAAGAGCAAGCCUCUCUCAUCCGCCUCGAAAGUGAGCAAGAAAAAUGCAAAGCGCCCGCCACCCAAGGAAGUGAAGUCGAAGGCACGCACGGAGUCGUCACUAUUGAAGAAGACGAAGAAGAGGGAAUAUACGGAAGAAGAACUUGGCCUCCCGAAGCUGAAUAUGAUCACACCUGUCGGAGUAGUGAAGCCAAAGGGCAAGAAGAAGGGAAAGGUUUUUGUUGAUGAUCAGGAGGGAAUGAUGACUAUUCUUGCCAUGGUCAAUGCAGAACAAGAGGGCCACAUUGAGUCCAAGCUGCAGAAGGCGCGUCAAUUAGAGGAGAUUCGCGAAGCCAAGAGAAAGGAAGCAGAAGCGAGACACGCGGAAAAGAAGAACAAGUUGGAAGAAGCGAAACAAUCAAUUCGCCAGAAGCGGAAGCACAAGAGCGGCGGCAAUGAAGACUCUAAACCCGAUGCUUCGACGUCCAAAUCAGAUUCAAAGUCAAAAGGAAAGAGAAAGAGUGUUUCUUUUGCUUGAGCGUUCUAUGUACAAAAUCUCAUUCUAUCUAUACCAAUUUUAUGUAUCUAGAUGGGUUAUUUGGCGUUUCCGCAGGUCUAUGUAUUACCCGAAUUUGAAAUGAACGGGCAUUAUAUACCGGCCUUCCCAAUGAGGCCAGAAGUGUGUAUUUAUGUUCCUUUAUUGCACCAUCUUCAUGGCCAAUUUGCGCCGCAUAGGAUCAAAGUCCGGUUUAGGCGCCGUGUCUGCAUCUUUGUUCAGAUCAAAGUGGUUCGCAAUAUGGCCAGGAAGCUUCUCGGGAUGCUCAACUAUGAAUGGCGUCCCGAGGUCAAUCUCCUUGGCCAUCGCGUUCAGGAAGUUUGUCACCGGUUUCACAAACCACCUAUCUCCAC